GCCAGAUCUCCUCCUUCCUGCGUUGUUGUCGACAUAGUGACCUACUUUUUGCCUGAGAAAAAAGACUGGGAGGAGGAAUGAGAUGCACAGAAAGGGAAGCUGACAGGACAUAAGCACACGUAGACCGUGAUCUUCCAAAGACAAGGAGAGGCGUGUUAAUAACCACCACUCUAUCCUACAUAGUUUAACGAACGGGUAUGUAUUACUAAAAUAUAAUGCAGAUUUUACCUUGGGUUUAUUCACAGAACAGAAUUUACAAGGAAUCCACAACUAUUGGGUUAAAACUGGAGAUAUAGCUCCAAAUCUGGAGAUAUAGCUUAGAAUUUUUGUGUUCUAAAAUUCCUUGUUAGAUUUUAGUAAUGUAGUGACUAAACCUAAUUUUAUUGUAUAAGUGGUAUGUUUACAGUUCUAUUUCUGGCCUCUACUGCAGUGUUUGUGUGUUGACCUAUAUACAAAGAGCAUUCAUAGGACAAAGUGAGAAAAAUUUUAAAAAAGUUAUUUGUUAACCAGUCUACCCAGCUGAAUUGACAUAACAACAUGUCUGUUUGCUGUAGGUUUGUAUAUUCGUAUUUCCUGUAAUCUGUGUGUAAAGAUUUGGGAAAGUCAUAUUUUUGCAUGAAACUGUUAUUUGUAUAAUUUGUACAUAACCUUAUUUAACCAAUGUAUAUAUUUAUUUUUCUAUUGCAUGUUUUGAUGAGAAUAAAAACAACUGGUACACAGGAGCAUACAGGGCGUAGUAAAUAAGAAGGCUUUUUAUGCCGUCCUAUGUAAAUGUUUUAAUGUCUUUAGGACGGCAUAGAAAGCCCGGCAUAUUUGGUGUGUGCAGAGUUAAAUCCCUGCUCACACUAGGGAGUCCCAGGUAUCAGUGGAAACCUGGAGCUCCCCUCUGUCUGUUGGGGCAAUUUUUGUGGCCCCAGACUUUUAGAUGAGCUGUUUGCAGCACUGGAAGUUCUUUAAAUGGACAUUUAACUUCUAUUAAAAGAUUGCGGUGUGAGCAGGGUUAAAUUCGUGCUUUCUCCACCAACCCCAGUAUGAAUGGAUACCUGAGACUCCCCUUAAUGUGUUGGGAUGAAUAUAAGUGAUGAGCUUCUUGCAGCACUGGAAGUCAGCACGGAAAGCGUCUCUUUAAAUAGGCAUUUAAAUGCCUAAUUAGAGUUCAAUACCUGGGGCUCCUGUAAAGAAGCUGGGGCAAUUUAACUCCAUUCAGCUGCAGUUUUUUUGGGGUGCAGGUAGCCGAUUACAAAAUAUUAGAUCAAGGUAUGGGUUACCACAGUAACCCUAAUGCAAGUAACAGUAAAUCAACAGAUACUAGUUUCUUGUCAUGCUUUUUACACCUCCCACUGCAGCUCCAACAGUUUAGACUUUGCCUGCUGCCCAAUGGUUUUAUCUAAAGACAGUUUGUUAAGCCUGCAGAUCUGUUGUCUGUAACCUUUGCUAGUCCUCCCCUUCUCACCCUGCCCAGACUUUCUGUGGCUGUCCAAUCACAGACAUUACAAUGCCACUCAAUCUGAAGUCUUUUCAAUGCAGGUGUGUUGAGUAAUUGCUGCCUCUUGAGUUUAGUUCCAUUGAGCUAACCAAACCAGGAAGUAAUGGGACCUGUCUCCUUGAAAGUCAGGACGGUGUAACCAGGUUAAUUUAUAAAAGUGUUAAUAUCUGUUGAAAUCUGAACUUUUUGGGAAAAUGAAAAAAUAGGACACACUCUUUUCAAUAAGCUAAAGUGCUUUAGGGGUUUGGAGUGUCAUAUUAAGCUCUCAGCAAUGCCUCAACCUAUAGUUCGGCAAGCUAAACUCAAGGGUAAACAAUUCAUACAGACAGCCCAGAAUUCUGCUACAGUUCUGAGCCACUCUUAGAGCCAAAAUGGUUGAACAGUGCAAAGGUGUGCUGGUUUUGUGAAGUGGCCCAUUAAAGAGACCAGGCACCAAAACAACUUAAUCUAAAUUAAGGAGGCCCCCGGAGGCAUUUUUACCUCAAGGGGUUAAACCAUACUCGAACAGUUUAACUCCAAGAGAUGCUGACGCUCUCAGGCAAUCAGUGACUCUCCAUUCACUCCCCAUGUACCUUUUCCAUGCCAGUUUUGUGAAUGGGAGUCACUGAUUUGCUGGGAGCAUCAGCUGACCGCUCUCAACCAAUCAGCAGCCCUGAAAGUGGAAUAUCAGAAGCCGGAUGCCAACAGGGGCGGGAGUGGAAAUCGCUGCUGGAGCGGUUUAACCCCUUGAGUACCUCUGGGGGGCUCCUGGAACCAUAACAACUUCCUUUAGAUUAAGUUGUUUUGGUGUCUGGAGUGUCCAUUUAAGCAGUGUUGUAGAUUUAAUCACACCAUAUCUGCUCUUUAAGACUAAUUUUCCUAACUAGCUGUUUAGUUAGAUCACUUCGUCUUGUCAAAAAAUAUUGUUUAUUUUUGUCUGUAUAAUAAUACACUCUGUUAAAAGGUUCUCUAGUCUUUCAGCUUUCACUGUGCUAAAGUGCUAGAUUUUUCUAUGUAUAACAUUCUACAAUAUUUAUUUAUUUACUAUCUUUCGAAUGGGUUUCUUCAGAAAGCAUAUUGCAUUUUGAGUCCCCUGGGGAUGGCAAGCUUUAUAAAAAGUAAGAUUAUUAUUAUUAUGACGAGGUCCGUCACUCAGGGGAAAGCGUUAACGAGUGACAGACCUCGUCCGUCACGCGUUAAAAUUAACCCCCGAUCGCCGUGGUGCCGGCGAUCGCGGGGUUAACGCUGUUGCUGGGUGCCUUUUGAGUCAGGGGCAGACCAGCAACAGCAAAUCCCAAUAUCCCAGCCCAUGUGUUCGCUGUGACAACCAGUCACAGCGGUCACAAUGCUGCUGGGAUAUCUGAUCCGCCUCCCUCCACCUCGUGUGGGUUUGUGAAGUGGAGAGAGACGGAUCAUUGCAACAUUGUGUCCCAGAAGAAUAGUGAAUAUCUAUAAAAGGUUCCUAAUCCCUUUCCUCUUUAUUAAAAAAAAAAUUAACCCUUUCCCUGCUGCUUGAUCACUGCUAGCAGUGAUCAAUAUACAGGUCACAAUACUUUAAUGUGAUCUAUUUUUUUUUUUCAUUUCAAGGGUUAAAUUUUAUGUUUUUUUUGUAACCCUAAGCGGUUAAAUUUUAUUAUUUGAUUUUAUUAGUUUAUGAUUUAGUUACUUGGGUGGAAUUUAGUGGGAAUUAGGGAAUAAAAUAUAUAUAUAAAAAAAGUUUAGUUAUUUAAUAAAGUUUUGUUAGCUGUGUUAACUGUAUUUAAAGGAACACUAUAGUCACCUAAAUUACUUUAGCUAAAUAAAGCAGUUUUAGUGUAUAGAUCAUUCCCCUGCAAUUUCACUGCUCAAUUUACUGUCAUUUAGGAGGUAAAUCACUUUGUUUCUGUUUAUGCAACCCUAGCCACACCUCCCCUGGCUAUGAUUGACAGAGCCUGCAUGAACAAAAACCUGGUUUCACUUUCAAACAGAUGUAAUUUACCUUAAAUAAUUGUAUCUCAAUCUCUAAAUUGAACUUUAAUCAUAUACAGGAGGCUCUUGCAGGGUCUUGCAAGCUAUUAAUAUAGCAGGGGAUAAGAAAAUCUAAAUUAAACAGAACUUGCAAUAAAGAAAGCCUAAAUAGGGCUCUCUUUACAGGAAGUGUUUAUGGAAGGCUGUGCAAGUCACAUGCAGGGAGGUGUGACUAGGGUUCAUAAACAAAGGGAUUUAACUCCUAAAUGGCAGAGGAUUGAGCAGUGAGGCUGCAGGGGCAUGUUCUAUACACCAAAACUGCCUCAAUAAGCUAAAGUUGUUCAGGUGACUAUAGUAUCCCUUUAACAAUGUUCAGGAAGUAUAGUGCAGAGGAGGCUUAUGCCCUGUUAGAGGCCGACUCAGAGGCGACAGGCACUGCCUCAGAGAGUGACGCAGGGGACAGGGACUAUGUGCCAGGGACUAUGCGCCGAUUCCUCUAAUGCUGAACAUGGCGCAGAUGACUGGGUAAUAAUAAUAUUUUUUUCCCAGACAUCCCAGUGUUUACAGCUAAUCCUGGCAUACAGGCUGACCUGUCUGGCUAUAGCGCGCUGGAUGUUAUGCAGCUGUUCUUGGGGGAUGAGAUUUUUGGGGAAAUAGUCACCCAAACUAAUCUCUAUGUGGAGCAGUAUCUGGCACGUAAUCCAGCCUCUCUUAUCUCCAGGAAAGAGAGAUGGAAUCCAACCAGUGUGCCAGAAUUGAAACAAUUCUGGGCACUGACCAUGUUAAUGGGGUAAUUAAAAAGCCCACAAUUAGGAUGUAUUGGUUUAUUUGCAAAACCCCAAUUUUUGCCGAGACAAUGACGAGGGAAAGAUAUGAAGACAUACUCUGAUUUAUGCACUUUAGUGACAAUAACAAGUGCCCCCCAAAAGGUGAUCCGCAGUAUGAUCUUCUUUAUAAAAUACGCCCUCUAACUGCCCACUUUAACAGUAAAUUUGCCACUAUUUAUACCCCCAAUAAAAACAUUUCCAUUGAAGAGUCCCUCAUGAAGUUUAAGGGAAGACUGUGGUUUAGACAAUAUAUCCCAUCCAAAAGAUCCCGAUAUGGGAUCAAAUUUUAUAAACUGUGUGAAAGUGGCAGUGGCUACGUAUACACCUUCCGUGUAUACGAAGGAACGGAUAGCCACCUUGAUCCCCCAGGUUGCCCAGAUAUAAUAGGGACAAGUGGGAAAAUUGUCUGGGACUUAAUAAUGCCACUACUUAAUAAAGGUUAUCAUUUAUACAUCGAUAACUUUUAUAAUAGCAUCCCACUGUUAAAUAUGUUGUACUGCUUCGAGACCGUGGCCUGUGGCACUAUUAGGAAGAGUUGCACAGGUUUCCCAAAGGCUCUAGCGAACAAAAAAAUGAAAAGUGGGGAAACAGAAGCUCUCUGCCAGAAUGAACUGCUGGCACUCAAGUACAGGGAUAAAAAGGAUGUUUUCAUCUUAACCACCAUCCAUGGUGAAAACACUCAGAGGGUCGCAAUUCAUGGCAGAGAGGAAUGUAAACGGGUGCCAGUUUGCAUACGGCAAUAUAAUUGGCAUAUGGGCGGCGUUGACCUGUGCGAUCAACUGAUGCAGCCGUAUUUGAUCUUGCGAAAGACCAGGGCAUGGUAUAAAAAAGUGGGCAUAUAUCUGAUGCAGAUGGCAAUCCACAAUGCCUUUGUCAUUUUUAAAAAGGCAAAUGCUGGGCUGAAAAGCACUUUUCUUUCAUUCCAGUUUGAGCUCGUUUCUGGGCUACUUGAGUGCCACACAAGGAGACCAUCAGUGGAGCCUAGCAGAAGAAUGGAGGCAGGUCACUUCUGCUUUAAGAUUCCACCAACCCCUAAAAAACAAAACCCCCAGAAAAGGUGCAGGGUGUGUUACAAGAGGGGCGUAAGAGCUGAGACCAGCUAUUACUGCCCUGAUUGCCCCUCUCAGCCCGGCCUAUGUAUUGGCCACUGUUUUAAAGUUUUCCACACCCAGGCCGAAUAAGCAGACCAGUUUUGGGGUGUGAAUUUAGUCAACUGUCUGGUUACCUAAUCUUGGCUUUGUCUCCCGUUUAUCCUGUCUUCUCUGAUCCUUGACCUCGGCUUGUCCUAUCGUUGUUCCGUUUCUCUUUACUCCUUUGACCUCGGCUUGUACCUUGACAAUUCUCUGCUUGUAUAGCCCGGCCAUUCUAAGGACCGGUAUUACAAGUGUCUCUCUCUGUGUUCUCUCUCUUUGUAGUCUGUCUGUGUUUUGGAAUCCGUGACAGCGUUGCCCGUGACACAGAUUACUGGGUACUACCCCCAGAUAGGUUUAAGCCAACUAUUCCCCCUUUUCACAGCAAAUAGUAUGCACUUGUUCAUCAAUUUGAAUUGAUGAGCUGCUUAUACUUAAAAAUAUAUGUGACCUUUGAGAGGUAAUUUGCAGUCCUGAGCUGCUAAAAUGAGACUUGGGCCCAGCAUCCACUUUUGAAAAAUAUGAAAGUGAUGUGUCUCCAAUGUGCCCCUUCAACAUCCACAUAACCCUGAGAAAGGUACACAUGGGGGUAUUGUUGCACUAAGAGGACAUAGCUGAGUUAUACUGCCGUAGCACACAUAAGGAUUGCAAAAUAUACAGUAACAUCUCCAAGUGUGUGUCAAAAAGGCAGAAAAAAUGCUAAUGCCGAAGACAUACAAUGGGGGUGUCAUUUUACUCAGAAGACUUAGCUGAACAUAAUUUGGGGGAUUUGAACUUAGUGGCACAUGUGAAAUAUACAAAAUGCCCAGCAAAAAUGCAAUCCAUAUGUAAAAAACGCACAAAAUAAUUUUUUACCACAUACUCUGGCAUCUAUUGGUGAAAAAAUGGGGGCAUGUUAAGGCACAAUAUGCACCUUAUGAGAUACCCUGGAGUGUCUACUUUUACAAAUGGUAGGCCUUUGUGGGGGUUUUUUGAACAGUCAAACUGUUAUAAUACCCCAAAUGGAAGCAUAGGCUCAUUAAAUCCGUCUUUCAAAAUUCUACUGUGAGUACUGAAAAGGACAGGUCUCCUAUAUGGCACUGUAGCUUCACGAAAUAGUGCCGAAGACAUACAAUGGGGGUGUCAUUUUACUCAGAAGACUUAGCUGAACAUAAUAUGCAGGGUUUGAACUUAAUGGCACAUGUGAAAUAUACAAAAUGCCCAGCAAAAAUGCAAUCCAUAUGUAAAAAACGCACAAAAUAAUUUUUUACCACAUACUCUGGCAUCUAUUGGUGAAAAAAUGGGGGCAUGUUAAGGCACAAUAUGCACCGUAUGAGAUACCCUGGAGUGUCUACUUUUACAAAUGGUAGGCCUUUGUGGGUUUUUUUUGAACAGUCAAACUGUUAUAAUACCCCAAAUGGAAGCAUAGGCUCAUUAAAUCCGUCUUUCAAAAUUCUACUGUGAGUACUGAAAAGGACAGGUUUCCUAUAUGGCACUGUAGCUUCACGAAAUAGUGCCAAAGACAAACAAUGGGGGUGUCAUUUUACUCAGCAGAUGUAACUGAACACAAAAUAAAACUUUGUACAGGAAUAGCACACACCAACUUUACAAAAUACACAUGAGAAGUUCUUUGUUAUAAGUUUGUGUGCCAAAAACAAAAAAAACCCUCAAUUUUACUCCAAUAUUUAGCAGAGGUUGACAGUGAAAUGGCUAUGUAGAAAGUGUCAAAACAACCUUAGGUAAAUAGCCUGUGAUGUCUACUUUAUAUAAAUAUAUACUUUUGUGUGGCAAUUUUGUUUUCUUUUAUGGCUAUUAAGCUUACAAGACAAACAUAGCAAAUUUUAAAAUCGCUCCACAUUAAAAGUUUAUUUUACUCCUUGUGCUUUGUGACCUGUAACUACCAAAAAAAAACUGAAAAUCCCAGACACAUUAUAUAUUCUGUAAAUCAGAAAAACUAAAUGAAUUUAUUUUAAUUACUUUCCUUAACCUGCACUAAUUAUGAACACAUUAUUAUUGCAAAAACUGUAAAAAAAAAAAAAACACUAUUUUUUGUUGUUGCAUUUUUCUGUAUUUUUUUCUAAUAAAUAAGCAUUUAUAUGUGUUACAUCAAAUUAAAGCCCUUUCUGUCCUUUAAAAAAACGGUAUAUAAUAUGUGUCGGUGCAAUAAAUUAGUAAAAUGCAAAUUGCAGUUGAACGCAAACAGCAAAAAAUGCUGUUGUCAUUAAAGUGAAAGACAAGCUUCUGAAGCUCUAUCCUUAAGGGGUUAAGCUUCUGUUAAGUUGUUACCUUGAAGUGCAAGAAAGAACAAUAACUAUGUCCGUUAAUUCUUAGUAAGAUCAACUCGUGUUUUUGGGUCACAAAUGACGCAUUCAGAAAAGGUACAUGGAUUAGAAGCAGAAGCAAGAUCCCUCUAAGUAUCUGGAUCAUGGUUACUGCAGGUCAGGGUGACAAAGGGGAUUUGUAAAUCAAUUCCUUGUUUAGAACACAUUGCUAGAAAUGACAUCCUGUUUACCGAUGUAAUGCCCUUAUGGGAUGCUCUGUCUGUGACGUCUUUCAUAGACAAAGCAGAUGCUAAAUUACAGACAAGAUUAUAGGAACUCUUUCAUGUUUUUCUUCUUCAGUUUACAAAUUAAUCUGAAAUCUAUAAACCGGUGGGAGGGGUAAAGAGUGGCAGGCCAGUGACACAAUGGUAUCACUUGCUCCUCCCGAAAGGGGGUGGAUCUGCUGAGAAAUUAGGUGGGCCAGAUUCAUUUACUGGCAGGUCAGCCUGGCAUGAGUGCAGGCCAGGCUGUUUGCCAAUCAAGCAGCCUGGACCACUGAGGACGGAUUCCUAGUGUUAAUGAUGCACUUGCACUACACUUUCUGGGGACAGUUCCUUGGUGUCUCGCUUUUAGUUGUGACUGCAAGAUAGGACCCGAGAAAUGAGACUAGCCCUCCAAAAUCAGGAUGUUAAUCAGGAGAUUGUUUGUGACUGUUAACCUCAUAAGUGACUUUUAUAUCCAAGUAAAGCAGAAAUGCUUUAAGAUAUGAGGGAAUAAAAUAUUAUCAUGCACUGUGUGAACAGUGUCAAUGUGUAACAGUUGAUUCUAUGUGUGAACUGUCAGUGCAUGUAUGUUAGUGCUUCUGUAUGAGCACAACUUUAUGUAUGUUUGUUUGUUUUUUUUCAGAAUGUCCGUAUGUGUUUUAAUUGGUAUUUCUAUGUGCAUGUGUAAUGUCUGUAUGUUGGUGUCAGUGUUCCUAUGUGCACAUGAAAUGUCAGUAUUUGUGUACAGUAUGUCUGUGUUCUGUAUUCCUGUGUGUGUGCAAUGUAAGUGCAAAGUUAUCCCUCCCUAGUUUACAAUCCCUUCUUGUUUUAACGACCUAGGAUAUCCCCUACAGUUAUCUCUCCCUAAUAAGCUUUGUCUCCUACCAUACUUAUUGUUCCAUGGCAGAACAGUAAGUGGCCAGUGAAGCAGUGUGCCUUAAUACCCCACACAGCCAGUCAUACGGAGUACUAAGGUUGAGAAGGAAGACAAAAUGCUGCCGGUUCUGACAAUGUCACAUUGUCCAUAUACACUCACAUUGUCCCCUACAUGUAUUGCCUUAUGUGUUGCUACAUUAACAUGACAUUUCCUAUAUUGCUCCCAUAUGUCAAACUUUGUUACACAUACACACACACACAAACACAAACACACACACAUACACACUAACACAUAUAAACAUACACACAUAUACACAUGCACACACACACACUAACACAUAUAAACAUGCACACAAACACAAUAUCCCUCUACCUAUUCUAUCCCUUAUUCCACCAGGUACCCUUUAAUGCCAUCGUUAGAUGCAUGUUAAUGAAAACAGAAAUACUCGCUCUCCAUCACAUCACUAAUGUCAGUAAGAUUAUUAUCACUUGUCCUGGCAGUAAACAUGGAGAGAUCAUUUAGUGUCCAGACAGAUUCUGAUAAUCCUACUAAUAGAAAUCCUUUAGCAAAGUGCUGUACAGACAUAACUAGUCUAUCUGUGUAUGCUUGCAGUGCUGUUACUCCUUAAGCUGCAUUUCUGCAAACUAAGAACAUGGUUAUGGAAUGGUUAUGGUGGUCCUGAAUCUAAAAAAGAUGUAACACUAUAGUGAAAGGAAUACAUGUCUGAGUACUGAGUUUUUGAACUUCAUCUGUGAGAGUGUCAAAUUCAUCAUAAAUACUUCUUUCAUUUUAUAUAUAGCACUUAAAGGGUUAUUCUAUGCACCAAGACCAAAUCAGUGUUUUUAAGUGGUGCAGGGACCCUAUAUGUGCAGGGUUUGCGGUAUGAAAUGCUGCAUGAUCUUAGAUAUUUUAUAUUGCUUCCAGAGGUGUAAAUCCAUCUCUGCCAGACAAUAAGAGUUCCGGGCUGGCUAAUGCUGGCUCAAUUGGCUCUCAUCCAAUAAAUUACUGGCAGGGUCAAAAUCUGCUUUCUGCAGCUCUGCAGAAGCCAGAUGAUGUUCAGCAGCCAUGCCAAAUGGCCAAAUGCCAGCCAUGCCAAAUGGCAUGACACCCAACAAGACCCAAGUAAGAGGCAAACAGUGUGCCCUAUUACUGGGGAAAGGCAUACUGAUACUCCUAGUAUUAUGACCUCUACAGUGGGCAGUAACUGUAUUUCCAGGAAAAUUAUCAAAAUAUUUUUGUAUUAUUAUCAUUAUUACUAUAAAAAAUAUAUUACUUUUGUAAUAGCCCCAGUGUGCAUCAUUGGCUUACCAGGGAUGCCAUCCUUUGGCCCCUCCUGCAUAUAUUGAAUUAAAACAAGCCAUGUCCAACCCAUAUGAGUUCUAUAAAUCACUUUGUCACAAAAGUCAAAGUAUUAUAUGAACCUCUGUUUUUAAACUCUAUAUCUGCCUUAUUAUCCCAAGUCGUGCUGUAUUAAGCCUUCAAUUCACUGCAUUAAAACCCUGCACACACAGAUAUAAUCCGUAACAGUGCUGUAUAAAUUAAAAAUCUAAAAAUACAGUGUAUUAAGUGGCACUGUUACAAAUUAUAUAGUGGAAGGUGCUAUUUCUCUCUCAGGAUUACAGGGGACACGUGCCUAACAAUAAAAUGGUGCCAAAUUUUGAUCUGGGACUUCAGCGCCUAUUAGCCCCUCUAGCGUUACAUUUGUUCUUUGUAAGCAGUCUUUUAUAAAUUUGUCCUGUCCCCUUCGGGGGUCUUUACAUAAUUUGCAGACUUCCCAUGGUGACAAUCACAAAGGUGCAGUGACCCAUGGGAGCAGGAGGAAUAAGGAAUACUUAAUACACUGUCACAUGUGCAACAGUAGAACAUUGAUCUCCAUUCCUCUCACCCCACCACUUGCCCGCUCGAUCCUGUCCCAUCUUACCUCAUCAGAUCUCUCUCCCCUUGUCUUGUGCCUACCCUAACACACAACUUUAACUGCUCUCUCUCUUCUGGCACUGUUCCUGCUGACCUUAAACAUGCCACUGUAAUACCUAUCCUGAAAAAACCAUCUCUUGACCCAUCCUCCCCUUCUAACUAUCGUCCCAUAUCCCUGCUCCCUUUCUCAUCAAAGCUUUUGGAAAGACUUGUCUUUAUCCGUGUGUCUCGCUUCCUUAAUUCCAACUCUCUCCUUGACCCUCUUCAGUCUGGCUUCCGCCCUCUCAAAGUGACUAAUGACCUAAUCUCCGCUAAAUCCAAAGGUCACUACUCCAUAUUAAUUCUCCUUGACCUCUCUGCUGCCUUUGACACUGUUGAUCAUGCUCUCUUCCUUCAAACUCUUCAAUCGCUCGGUCUCUGUGACUCUGUCCUCUCUUGGUUUUCCUCCUAUCUCUCCCAACGCUCAUUCAGUGUCUCCUUUUCCAAGGAUACCUCCUCUCCUCGUCCUGUCUUGGUUGGAGUUCCCCAAGGGUCUGUCUUUGGUCCCCUUUUUUUCUCUUUAUACUGCCUCUCUUGGUAAACUUAUUGCCUCUUUUGGAUUCCACUACCACCUGUACGCUGAUGACACUCAGAUAUACCUCUCCUCCCUGGACCUCUCCCCUGCUGUCCUGCAAUGUGUCACUGCUUGCCUUUCUUCAAUCUCUGACUGGAUGUCCUCACGCUUUCUGAAACUUAACCUCUCUAAAACUGAACUCCUUGUCUUUCCUCCUCCUAAUACCGAUCCUCCUCUCUCGCUCUCCCUUCAAGUCAGUGAUGUCCACAUAAGUCCAUCCCUGCAAGCACGCUGUCUUGGCGUCAUACUUGACUCUGGUCUCACAUCCAGUUUGUUGCCAAGUCCUGUAGGUUCCAACUCAAAAACAUAGCCCGCAUCCGCCCCUUUCUUACGCAAGAUGCUACCAAGGAGCUUGUCCAUGCUCUAGUAAUUUCCCGCAUGGAUUACUGUAACCCUCUCCUGAUUGGUCUCCCCAAAAGCCGUAUUGCCCCGCUACAGUCUGUAAUGAAUGCUGCAGCUAGACUGAUUUUCCUCUCUAGUCGGCCCUCUCACACCUCACCCCUCUGCCUUACAUUGGCUCCCUGUAUGCUAUAGGAGUCAAUUCAAAGUGCUAACCCAUAUAUUUAAAGCACUGAACAAUUCUAGCCCCUCUUAUAUCUCUUCACUAAUCCAUAGAUAUGCCCCUCCUCAUACCCUCCGCUCUGCCUGUGACUCCCUCCUGACCGCUGCUCGCACCUGUACGGCCAACUCGCGCUUGCAGGACCUCUUGCGGGCGGCUCCUCUCCUACUGCCAUCAGACUCCCCUAGUCUUCAAUCAUUUAAGAAGGGCCUUAAAACCCAUCUCUUCAGAGUAAUCUCUACCUUACAUACCUUUCUCCUGCUCUCUCCAAUGGGACAGUGCUUUGCUCUCUCCUCCAGCUCUGCUUCACUCCUACUUGAUAUUUCCUGUCCUAAUGUUUCUUAUACCCCACCUCCUAUAGUCUGUAAGCUCAUUUGAGCAGGGUCCUCUUCAACCUAUUGUUCCUAUAAGUUUUCUUGUAAUAGUCCUAUUUAUUGUUACAUCCCCCCUCUCAAAAUAUUGUAAAGAGCUACGGAAUCUGUUGGCGCUAGAUAAAUGAUAAUAAUAAUCUCUGUGGAAGAUCCCACAGCACAACUGGAGCCUCCAUAGAUCAUGUAUUGCAAUGAGUGAAACAAUAACAUAAUACUGCAGCUGGCACUACCGACGGCUGUGGGAAGUGCCAAAACUUGAGUGGAAGCUCCUCCUUUUUUCAAGUUUUGUCAACUUAUUCAAAGUAUUCCCUACUUUCUCUUAUAUAUUUUGACUGUGUUGGAAUUUCCAUAAAAUUCCAAUACAACCAUUUUGAACAUUUCAUAAACCAUCUAUAUUUAUGAAAUGCUUGUAUAUUUUUUUUUGUUGUUGUUGUGUUUGGUAAUAGAGCAGCAGUAAGUACUAUUUGGUCAGAAGCACCAUGUAUUUGCUAAGACUUUAUGCAAUUUGAACAGCUGGUGUAGCAGAGUAUUUCUGAGAUGUUCAUCAAUGGAUUUGUGAAUGAGUACUAGCUGUGUUACUUGCACAAUCCUUUUGAUGUAUAUCCAGUGCUUCUAAACAGAGGAUUUAUAGAUGGCAUAGAAAAACUGAUAGCAAUUUACUUAUAUGUAUGCAUUACAAAGUACAAAGAAACUAUAACACAUUAAAGAUUUUAUUUCAAAUCAUAAAAAGACAAUUUUUUACCUGUUUCCUUAAUACGUCCACUGUUUGCAUGUCUAUAUCCUUACUUUCAUGUUCAUAUUCUACAAUUUCAGAGAUAUUUAGAAAAGUCCAAAAUACCACUUCUAUCAAGAACAAUUUGGAAGUUUACGUUCAAGGUAAGACAAGCAUCAUUAAUACACAUCUUUAAUGUAUAAUAUUUCAAUAUAUCAAUAUUUAAUAACUAUAGUGUAAUGUAAAUUAGUAUAAUAAAUGCAAUAAAUGACGAUAAACAUAUAUGCUGAGUGGUAUGUAUCAUAUAAUUUAACUGGACGAUAUACAAAAAAUAGGCAAAGGUACAGGAGGUAAUACUAAGGUGAAACAAUCACCACACCAUUUAAUAUAAAUUCAUGCAGCAUGUAUACAUAACAGAACCCUUUCUCUAUGUAUAAAUGCCCCAAGUAAAAAUACAGAGAUUAAUUACAUUUAAACCUCAUUACCCGCCAUAACCCACAAGAUAAACAUUACCCCAGGUCCUUCUCUGCUAUUGGCUCCUCCCACUCUUUGGCGACAUUGCAGUCAUCCAAUGCACAUGCACAGAAAAGCGUUGCUGGGUUAAAAAAAAAAUAAUAAUAAUAGUACAUCUUUAAGCAUCACUCCAGUGUAGAAUGCAAUAUACCAAAUCUUUAAUGCAGAUAAGGAAGCAGAGUACAAUAAAAAAAUAAGCAAGCUAAUAUUAGAAAAUCUAUAUAAUACAACAAACACAUUCAGUUGCUAGGCAGCCAAAAAGCAACUACAAACAAAAAAGGCACAAAAAUCCAGUACAACAUAGAAAUAUUGAAAGGCCAUAGAUAGUAAAAAAAAAAAAAGUUUAAAAACAAAAAUUAAUAUUAAUACAGAAGAGCACAAUUGGGUGUGGGGGGUGAAAAGAAAGCUACAAAUAUACAAAAAUACACAUAUGGUUAGAAAUCACUAAACAGCAGGUAUCUUAUCAUUAGACUUGUGCAGGGGGGAAAUUCACUUCUUCCAAACCGCUUGGGAAAGCAGAAUGUAUUUAAUGCCACUAUUCAGCUCAGUCAAAUCAUGGUACCGAAAAAGAAAAUUUGGGAAGCUGAAACAGCAGGGAAAAUGCAAUACCAAUUCUGAUUUGCCAAAAUUAUAUAAUUAUCAUCAAGAAUAACUUUUCUUUUUUAUAUUGUUUUCUUUUCUGAUGAUAGGGGGUCUGACUUUUCCUAUCCAACCUGCCUCUAUUUUCCUCACCACUCUCACUGGUAUUCCUAAGGGUGGUGGUAAUUAAUAAUUGUGGUAUCUUUGCAAAUGUUGCUUCAGUGUAAUGACUCUUCAAUCGCUACAUAAUUUCCAUUUAGCAAGUUGGCCUUCUUGAAGGCACUCAAAGUGAUCCCAAACUUUGCUUGUUGAAGCUAUACAUUAGCCUCCACUCUUUGAAUUGUGGUAGAUGAAGAAUCAGGUGGAUUCGCAUCAGCAGAAGUGCAAGUUGUUUCAAGUGCCCCAAGCUGUAGUUAUCUAUCUAGAUACAGCAGUAAAUUAAGCAUAAUCUCAUAAUAGAAUCUAUGAAUCUAUGACUCAGGCUAUCCCACUUCUAUACAGACACAGAAAGGGUAAAACACACAGUUGGUGUGGACAUUUGGACAUCACAGCUGGUGUGCUCCCAGUAGCAGUCUCUUCUCCAUUACAUCCGUCUUUUCUUAACUCUGAAUCAAAAACUGAAAUGAGCAGGACUUGCUCAAGUCAACUCAUCUGAGAUUCUGAUUGCCUGCAGCACAGCAAUCGGCACAUUGACUGAUCAUCUUGAAUUCCCCAAAAUUACGUUUUGUCUGAAAUGAAUGUCCAAGUCUACCCACCAUACAGAUGGGUAGCUGUUAAAACUAAAUGGAAGCAAAAGUGGUGGAAGCGAAAGCUGCUCACUGAGCCCCAUGAGGUUAUCCUUUUUGGUUGGUGGGACACACUGAAGAACCUGGUGCCUAAGUUGUAAGGCAUUUUGCCCCAUCUCAUGAUUAUGUUGAUUCACAGACGUAUCAGAGUUAGGGUUUCUAAUCACUGUUUGGUUUUGUGAAAUAGUGUCUUUUAAAGCGUUUAUUGUUUUAUCAACGUAACCCAAGCCACAUAGGCAUUUCAGAAGGUAAAAAACAAAAAAGUUUAUUCAAAAAUAUUAAAGAGUGGCAUUAGUUUGUCAAGUAUAGAAACUUUUGAGAAGGAUGUUUGUCCUGUAUGUGAUUGACAGAAGUCCCCUUUGAUUAUGAUAUUACAAUGGUUAGAAUAAAGACAAGGAAAUGUGGAAAUUAUGGGAUUUGAGAGAAGCAGACCCGCAUACCUGCAAACAUAAGCGGCUCUUUAAAAAGAUGGCCUAUGUCCCUAUCGAAAUGUAGACUAUGGUAAUCUGACCAAAUACAGUUCUUAAUGCUGGAAGAAACUUGAGUGGCAUUGGUUUCUCUAACAGGUACACCACCUUUGAUUGCUAUUAGUUUUUCCAGGUACCCACUGUAUGGUUAGUUGCUUGCUGUUUGAGAUAUGAGUAUCUCCCAAAAGUGUGUAGACCCCUCACAUUUUUUGUAAAUGUUUUAUUAUAUCUUUUCAUGUGACAACACUGAAGAAAUGACACUAUGCUACAAUGUAAAGUAGUAAGUGUACAGUGUGUAUAACAGUGUACAUUUUCUGUCCCCUCAAAAUAAGUCAACACACAGCCAUUAAAAGUAAGUAGUGUCUGUAUUUUCACUUAUUAGCACAUAUACAUUGAGACAUGGAGUGGGAUUGGUCAGGGGAGGGCUGGCAGCCUUAGGCCUGGAGGGCAAAACCAGUCAAGUGGCCCAUUGCACCACCAAAUCAGUUCACCAUCCAUGCCCACCUUUUCCUGGUUUUAUAACGGAUAUUGAUGUUAUGCUAAUCAGUAGCUCUUUGCCAUACCCGCUCCUUCACGGCUCCAGGCACUGCUUGUUGUGAGUGUGAGCCACUGUAAAUUAGGGGCAGAGGGCACUUGCACUGCGGUAAAGAUGGGGCUGGACAGGAGGAGAGUGCAGUGCAAUCAGUGCACUCCCCUCCUGUGGGUCACCAGUAGACUGGUGCACCUGCCCAGGAUCAGAGCCGGUGCAAGGAUUUUUGCCGCCCUAGACAAAAUAAAAAUUUGCUGCCCCCCCAUGUAACAUCACAAUGCCCCACCCAUAUGAACUAACGCCAGUGCUGCACACAGUGUGUGUUUACAUUAAAAAGCCUGCAGGGACCAGCUAUAGACACCAGAACCACUUCAUUAAGCUAUAGUGUCCCUUUAAUGUGAGGUACAUUAUAGAUUAGUGUCACUAAUAAUAUACUAGAUUGCCUACUUACAAGCAGAUGAGGAUGAUGAUGGGCUGCAGUUUGGCUCCACUGGUCUGGUGUAGAACAGGAUCUCUGGAGGCUGUUUGCAACUGUGGUCACAAAAUUCAAUGUUCUGGGAGAAUUGGAAGCAGCUCCAUUUUUUGGGGCCCCUUACACAGCUCAAGGUCUGGGCCCCAGGGCCUGAUGGUGAGUAUGCCCAUAAGGCCCACUCAUAAGUUCCACCCACCCAUGAGUUCGCUCACAGGGAGUGGAGUGUGUAGGGGAUGUGUUAUGUGUUAUUGUAGAGGAUCUAAUAUGUGUGCUUAUGGUAUGUAGUGUAUAGGGUUACCAGUUUGUGCAGGUGAUGUAGUGUGUUUGGGUGUAGUGGAAGCAGUGUGUAUUUGUGUAUAAGGGAUGUAUUGUGUGUUUCUGGUUGUGUGUAAGGGAUGCAUUGUGUGAAUCUGUGUUUGUAUGCAUAAGGGAUGCAAAGUGUGUGUCUGUAUGUGUGUGCAUUGAGUGUAAGAGAUGCAUUGUGUUUCUGUGUGUAUGUAAGAAAAGAAGUGUGUGUGUUUGCAUGUGUGUGUACGGGUUUGCAUUGUCUGUUUCUGUGUAUGUGUGCAAAGGAUGCAUUGUCUUUGUGUGUAAGGGUUGCAUUGUGUGUGUGUGUGUAAUGGAUGCAUUGUGUGUUUCUCUGUGUGUAAGGGAAGCAUGUUGUGUUUCUGUGUAUGUAUAGGGAUGCAUUGUGUGUGUGUGCACGCGCGUAGUGUGAAAGAGCUCCCUGUCUUGGCCCCUGUCCUAUAGAGCUGCCCCUUCUGUCCCGUAGAGCUCUCCCCUGCACCUUAGUGGUCUCUCCUCUCCCCCACCCUCCCCUAGCGGUCUCUUCUCACACUCACCCACCCUCCCUGUGCUCUUCUCCUCCCCCCUCCACCCUCCCUGUGCUCUUCUCAUCCCCCCUCCACCCUCCCUGUGUUCUUCUCACUCCUCCCUCUAUGUGUUCUCCUCACACCCCCUGUGUUCGUCUUACCCCCCUCCUCCCUGUGUUCUUCAUACUUCCCCCCUUGGUCGUCUUACUCCCCCACCUGUUCUUCUUACUCCCCCACCUGUUCUUCUUACUCCCCCACCUGUUCUUCUUACUCCCCUUCUUCUUCUUACCCCCUUCUUCUUCUUCCUCUUACUCCCCCUUCUUCUUCUUACUCCCCCUCUUCUUCUUACUCCCCCUUCUUCUUACCCCCUCUUCUUCUUCUUACCCCCACUCUUCUUCUUCUUCUUCUUCUUACUCCCCACUCUUUUUCUUACUCACCCCUUCUUCUUCUUCUUACCCCCCUCUUUCUUAUCUCCCCUCCUUCUUACUCCGCCCUCCCCUCCUUCUUACUCCACCCUCCCCCUUUUCUUAUUCCACCUCUCCCUCUUCUUACUCCCCCCUCUUUUUCUUACUCCCUCCUCUUCUUCUUCUUACUCCCCCAUCUUUUUCUUACUCACCCCUUCUUCUUCUUACCCCCUCUUUUUCUUAUCUCCCCUCUUCUUAUUCCCCUCCCUCCCCUCUUCUUAUUCCCCCUAUCCCCUCUUUUUAUCCUCUUUCUAUUCCUCCCUCUUUCUAUCCCCUCCUCUUCUUAUCUCCUCCUCUUCUUAUCCUCUUUUUAUUCUCUUUCUUUUUUAUUCUCUAUCCCCUCUUCUAUUCUCCCUUUCUUAUCUCCUCUUUUAUUUCUUAUUCUCCUAUUCUCUCCUUUCUAUUCCCUCUUUCUUAUCUCUCUCUCUCUCUUUCUUUAUUCUCUUUCUACUUCCUCUCUUCUUUCUUACUCUCCUCUUCUUUCUACUUUCCUGUAGCGUGGCUGAAGCUACCGUUCGUGGUGCUGUUGCUGGUGAUAGUAGGCACACUGAGUGUACUCUUCCUGCGCCAGUUCGACCGGUAGUAGGAAAUAGAAAUUCCUGUUCCGCGCUGAACAGGAGUUUCUGUUUCCUGUAACCGGCCGGACUGACAGGAAGUGCACACUCAGUGUGCACCCUCCUAUCACUCCGGCCGGCUGGCCGGCCACCGCGGACCGGAGUGCAGCUCGCUCGGCCACGCUACAGGGGAGGGGAGGGGAGAAGCUGCAGCCGCCUGAGGCUCUUAACAGAGCGCUCGGGCGGCUGCAGUAUUUAAAGGGCCGGCCCGUCGCGGCCGGCCUUACAGGAAUUUAGGGCGGCCGGGGGGGCAAUUGCCUCCCUGCCCCCUGGCCCAGCCCGCCCCUGGGAUUGGUACCCAGACCACUGAAUUACAAUGAUCUGGUCUGGUUGCCUAUAGUGCCCCUAUAAACAUUUAGCAAAUACAUCACAAUCAAGUUCAGUCAGGCAACAGCCAAGGUACAUAUUGAAAAUGAUGAGAAGAAAUAGCAAUACUAUUUUAUUUCUCCUCUGCAUGCUUUCCCUAUUUUAACUGCCAGGUGCAAAGGACAAUGCAUUUAAAAAUUACUAACGGAAAACAAUGUAUUUGUUAAAUACAGGGGAAGACAGAGCCCAGCCUCUACCUGAAUACUUGAUCUGACAUUACUCAUAAAUAUUAUGUAACACACAUGCAAUGCAGAUGGUCAGGUUUUUUUAGAAGCAGACUUCUUUCUCAACUCAACGGCUGUAUUGAAUGUAAAUAAACCCAUACAGGUAAAUAUACAAGGCAGCAUAAAUUGCCACACUGCUGCUUAAUUCAUAUACACUUGGAUGUCAAUUUAAAGAUCUGUGGUAUUUACUAUCAUGACUCACACUCUGGCUUGGAAGUAUAAUUCAGCUAGCAUAUCUCUGAUCAGCCACAAAAUUCAAACCACUGACACGUGAAGUGAAUAACAUUGAUUAUAUUAUUACAAUGGCACUGGUCAAGGGGUAGGAUAUAUUGGGCAGCAAGAAAACGGUCAGUCAACUGGUUCAAAGCAUCUCCAAAAAGUAUUGUGAGGUGUUCCCUGUAUGCAGUGGUUAGAAUCUACCACAAGUGGUGCAAGGAAGUGUCAGGGUCAUGGAUGCCGAGACUCAUUGACGCUCAUGGGUAGCAAAGGCUAGCCUGUCUGGUCUGCUCACACAGAAGAGCUACAGUUGCUCAAAAUUCUGAAAAACGUAUAUCUGGUCAUGAUAAAAAGGUAUCAGAAUACACAGUGUGUCAUAGUUUGCUGCAUAUGGUGACUGGUCAGAGUGCCCAUAAUCACUCCUGUCCACCGCCGAAAGUGCCUUCUAUGUGGACAUGAGCAUCAGAACUGGACCAUGGAGCAAUGGAAGAAGGUUGCAUGGUGUGAAGAGUCACAUUUUCUUUUAGAUCAGGUUGAUGGCCGGGUGCGUCGUAUACCUGGGGAAGAGAUGAUAGCAGAAUGCACUGAGGAAAAAAGGCAAGCAGACGGACACAGUGUUUUUCUCUGGGCAAUGUUCUGUUGGGAAACCUUGCUUCUUGCAUUCAUAUUGAUGUUACUUUGACACAUCCCUAGCUAGACAUUUUUACAGACCAUGGACAUUCCUUCUUGGCAAUUUUGUUCCAUGACGGUAGUGGCCUCUUUCAGUAGGAUAAUGGACCCUGCCACACUGCAGAAAUUGUUCAGGAAUUGCUUGAAGAAUAUGUCAAAAAGUUUAAGGUACUAUCUCGUUCUACCAAACAAUCACUAGGUCCAAUAUAGUAGCUCUCAAUGCCCUAAACCAAAUUGAAAAGUGACCUAGACUACCAGUUAUGGCAUCUCCAAAUUCACAAAUAUGAGCCCCACAUUAGACACCUAUGUGACGUUAUCUAAGUACCUCUAAGGCAUUACUGUAAACCCAAUGUAAGCCUACCGUGACCUACUGCAUACCUACUGAACACCAGGGCCGGACUGGCCCACCGGGAUACCGGGAAAUUUCCUGGUGGGCCGUUGGCACCUGGGGCCGGGCAGGCAGCUGGCUCACCUGCGGCCGCAGAGGGAGCUCCUUUGGCGGCCGCAGGGGAAGCUGGCUGUUAUGUCUCUGCUCCCCCUCCCCAGCGCGCCGCUUAAUGAGACCGGGGCCGGAAUAUGAUGUCAUAUUCCGGCCCCGGUGUCAUUAAGCAGUGCGCUGGGGAGGGGGAGCAUAGACAGAACAGCCAGCUCCCCCUGCGGCCGCCAAAGGAGCUCCCUCUGCGGCCGCCAGAAGAGCCAGCUCCCCCAUGCGGCCGCCAUCAGAGCUCCCCACAGGUAGAAAUUGUGUGUGUCAGUGUGAGUGUAUGUGUGUGUGUCUGUGUCAUUUGUGUCUGUGUCAUUUGUGUGUCAUGGUGUGUGUGUGUCUCUGUGUCAUGGUGUGUGUGUCUGUCUGUGUCAUGGUGUGUGUGUGUCUCUGUCAUGGUGUGUGUGUGUCUCUGUCAUGGUGUGUGCGUCUCUGUCAUGGUGUGUGCGUCUGUGUCAUGGUGUGUGUGUGUCUCUGUCAUGGUGUGUGUGUGUGUCUCUGUGUCAUGGUGUGUGUGUCUCUGUGUCAUGGUGUGUGUGUGUCUGUCUGUGUCAUGCAAUGUGUGUCUGUGUCUGUCAUGUAAUUUGUGUCUGUCUGUGUCAUGGUCUGUCUGUGUCACUGUGUGUGUGUGUGUGUGUCUGUCUUUGUCAUGUAAUGUGUGUCUGUCUGUGUCACGGUCUCUCUGUGUCAAUGUUGUGUGUGUCUGUGUCGUGUGUGUGUGUCUGUGUCACGGUCUGUCUGUGUUAAGGUGUGUGUCUGUCAUGGUAUGUGUGUGUCUCGGUCAUGGUGUGUGUGUGUGUGUUUGUCUGUGUCAUGGUGUGUGUGUGUUUCUGUCUGUGUCACGGUGUGUGUCUGUGUCAUGGUCUGUCUGUGUCAUGGUGUGUGUCUGUCAUGGUAUGUGUGUUUUUACUCACCUUUUUCCCCCCCUACGUCAUGCUGGUCUCUCCUCGACUGGCCCUGCCUCUACGACUGAGAUCAUCAAGCUUGAUGAUCUCAGCCAAUCCGCACUGACACAGGAAGCACCUCUAGUGACCGUCUGUGUGUCUGUCACUAGGAAGCAAUGUAAACACUGCCUUUUCUCUAAAAAGUCAGUGUUUACAUUGAAAAGCCUGCGGAUUAAUUAUUGACAAAGGAUUGCUCGCACAAGUGUUUAUCAACAUGUUUGCUUGCAUUCUUUGGAGACAGUGCUCCAAAAUAAUGACUGUUCUUCCUGUUCUGGGCAGUAGGGAGGUAUAGCGCAAGCUGAUUUUUAUACGAGUUCACCACUAUAGUUAUUGCCACUGAUAAGUGUAAAUUUUUGUAGCUUGCUUGUUUUUAAACCACAGAUGUUAUUUAAAAUAAUAUACUUCUGUUAUUUUGUUGUUUGUGACACGAGUGAGUCAAGUUAAUAUGGUUCCAGUGCUUGCACAUUAUAAAUGAGUAAGUAGGUCAAGGUCGUGAUUUAUUUUUGAAAGCCUGACACUCCUUUCUUUUCUUUUUGCGUUGACACAGAAUCCUAAAAUCAUCUUUAAUUAGGGCAAUGCAAUCUAAUUUAGAGCAUCCUUUUUUAUUAUGAUUGAAGUAUCUGUUUAGAUGAAAAUAAAAAUAGAUUGCAGUCCUCUAUUUUGUAUUGCUUAUUCUUCUUUAAUUGGGUUGGCCUAAUUUCCCAAGCUUUGGAUUAGUUUAUCUAUUCUGCCUGGCUUUAUGGGAGUGCUGUGCAAACAUGAUCUUUCUGAGCUGCUCUAGAAAAUGGGAAUAUUUAACAAAUCACUGUGAUUAAAAUAGACAGACAGAGGAGUUUGAAGAAACUAUAUUUUUCCCUCCUGAUUUCCUAUUUUUAACAAUAUCUUAUUAGAUAUUAAAUAUUACACAUUCAAAAAGUAUAUUUUUAAUAAUUUCACCUUUAUCUCAACUAAAGAAAAACUUUCUUAAAGGAACACUCCGGCAACAUAACGUCAUUGGAAUUAAGUUGUUAUGGUGCCAGGAAAUCCAUGGCAGCAAGAUUACCUUUAAGGGUUAAACCUUUCACAAAUGCUGUCCUCUUACAAGAAUCUCAAAGAGACAGAAUGACAGGAGCCAAGCUAAAUGGGGCCAAGUUCCAUUCCAGACUUGUUGUUAAACUAUUCAUGCUCGCUUUAACCCCUAAAUGUAAGCUGGUGCCACAGACCUCCUGUUACCAUAACAAGUUAAUUUUGAUAAAGUUAUUAUGAUGCCCUUAGUGUUCCUUUUAUUCUACAAUAAUAUUUCAGAAUGUGCAUUAAAAACAGUUGAAAGAAAAAUUUGGUAGAUAGCAAAUAGCAUUUAUGGCAUAACUUUGCAAGAAUGCCAAAUACAAAUAAAUACAAACUUAUUCUAGUAAAUUGAGUUGAUUGUGGGUUUGUUGAUUUGAUUGUGUGUUAGCCCACAGCAGAAUUGCAGGAUUGACAGUACAAUUCUAAUGUAUGUGUAUACAUGAGAAAAACACUAAUAUAAAAAAACAGGUUUGUCAGAGACUGGUUGCAUGAAGAGUAUUAGAAUGUUCCCAGGUAAAUACCACGGAGUGAUGAGGAGUCAACCUUCUAUAAAUAUAUACUUUUAAGUAGUGGUUUUGCAUUUGCUGUUAACCGCAGCAUAUACAAUUUUGCAAACCUUUAGCUUGAAAACAUUAAAAAUACACUACAGUCACCAGAACCACUACAGCUUAAUGUAGUGGAAAUGGUGUCUAUAGCCUCUCCCUAGAGGCUUAUCACCUAUGGGAAAGCAUUGGAUUGGUGAAGAUUGACCUGCGCAGCAUUGGACAAAGGUGAGCAAAAAUACCUCUCUUAUCCGAUCUAAACGGGUCUGGGGACCUAAAUAGGUAGUUGAACACUAUAGUGUCAGGAAUACAUUUUUGUAUUCCUGACACUAUAGUGUUCCUUUGAUUCACUUUUUGUACUAUUUGACCUAUAAAUGCAAAAAAAAAAUUGGAAUCCAUGGUAUUGUCAAAUAUUUCAUUAUUUUGAUUUGUUUUUUGCUUUUAAUUCUAGUCACGCUGAAGUUAUUUUUUAUAUCUAUAAGAUUUUUUGAUCAAUUUAAAGCAGGACGGCAGAACAAAACCCCAUACGGGACUGUCCCACUAAAAAUGGGACUGUUGAAGUCAUGGAUAUUUAUUUCAGAACAUUGGGACUUUGGGCCAUACUAGACUAUGAAUAAAACAAAUAUGCGUUAUUGCUGGGACAGUGAAUGGUACUCUGUGUCUGUCACAUAACACUAUAGAAUCCCUUUAAGGAGCAGACUGAGUAUGCCUGUCUUACAUAUAAAUAAAAAAUAAACGGUACUUACUGUUAAACCAAAAUCAAAUAAAUAAAUCAGUUUAUAUAAAAUAAGUUUAUAGAGCACUUUGCACUUAUAUGGUUUAUGGACGUUGGUGUUUAAGAACAGGGAUAGAAUUAUAUUUUUUUCCAAAGUUCUUCCAAUGAUGAUGACAUAACUCCGUAAACCAUGCUGUAGUAGCACAAUGUUUGCCAUUUUAUGGUUCUAGUGGAGAUCACACCAAAGGUGUUUAUUAACAAAAUCUAAAAUUCUAUUCUUGUUCUGACAGUAGUUCUGUUCUUAAAGGGACACUAUAGUCACCAGAACAACUACAGCUUAUUGAAUUUGUUCUGGUGAGUAGAAUCAUUACCUUCAGGCUUUUUGCUGUAAACACUGUCUUUUCAGAGAAAAUGCAGUGUUUACAUUACAGCCUAGUGAUAACUUCACUGGCCACUCCUCAGAUGGCUGUUAGAGAUCCUUCCUGGAUCAUGGCUGCCUAAAAUGCAUCCAAACAUUCAGUGUCUCCUCCCUCUGCAUGCAGACACUGAACUUUCCUCAUAGAGAUUCAUUGAUUCAAUUCAUCUCUAUGAGGAGAUGCUGAUUGGCCAGGGCUGUGUUUGAAUUGUGCUGGCUCUGCCCCUGAUCUGCCUCUUUGUCAGUCUCAGCCAAUCCUAUGGGGAAGCAUUGUGAUUGGAUCAGGCUACGACUUCUGCUGAUGUCAGCAGGCAGUGGGCAUGUCUAAAGGAAACAGGGACAAAAUAUGCAGCUGCAGACUUGAAUACAAGUAAGUUUUACUAUUUUUAGGGAGGCAUGAGGGGGCCAGAUGGUGGUUUUAACACUAUAGGGUCAGGAAUACAUGUUUGUGUUCCUGAUACUAUAGUGCUCCUUUAAUAACAAUUUUUAACAAAGUUAAAUUGUGUGCUACUGACCCACUCUAAAGACCUUUAUAUUAAUCUUUCUUUUUCUUGUAUUUACUGGAUUUAACUUUUUAGAUUUUUGUAUUUAUUGCAGUAAAUAUAUCUAUGUGGUUUGCUGGAACAACACACCUAUAAUUUUGACUUGUAGUUCUAAAAUCAGAGAUGUAAACAGCUUCUUUUAUAAUAGCUGACUCGUUUUUCAUGCAGCCAUUUAGCUGUAAAGUUGGACUAUUUAUUGAUAACCCGGAUUUGCCAUAAGACCAUUGAGGCCAUGAAUCAGCAGUGUCUCCGUGGUUUAAUGUGCUGCGCAUGCCCACAAACACCACUGGUUCAGGAAAAUUAUAGCACAGGGCUGCCAGCACAGUCAGCACCAGAAUUUUUUCAGAGCCUAUGCUGGGGUACUGUGCCUGGGUAUCUGGGGGGACACUUCAACCGGUGGGUACUGUGUGUUUAAAGUAGGCCAUGUCAGCUGCUAUGUUCAUGCAAAGCUCCGCCAGCAUGCUUUUAGCAGGGCUGCCAUGACUGGUUUCCCAGCUGUGGGUGUCUUAACUUUGUGCUUGGGCAGUAGGCCAAACAACGUCCUCUCUCUUAGGUCAAAGGUUUCUUUCACCACCCAGCACCAUCUUGUACCAUGCAUACAUUUGCAAGCUCCUCAGGAGAUCCCCUAUAUUUCAGAUGGUUGUGCCUUUUAAAAAAAAUAAAAAUAAAUUGCUUACCUUCAGGUAGCAAUUCAAGGUUUUUCAAAUUAGUGUGCACCUAAAUUCCACCUGAAUAUCUCAAUUUCUGUAUAAUUAGAGUCAGAGCUCAAAUGAGGGCAUCUGGUCUGGUCUACUGCUAGCUCCACCCCCCAAAUAUAACAUUAUUAUUAGAAUUUAUUCCACAGUUACAGUUAUAGAAAAGGGAUGUAUUAGAGGUGAAGGCCCUACUCAAGAAAAGGUUACAAGAGGAUUUGUGUUAGGCAAACAUAUAUCAUUUGGUUUAUUACCAAGGGACACUUACUGGUUAGGUGGUCUGACAUGGACUGAAAUGCAUUUUCUCAAUAAUCAUUGCAUUUGUGCUACUUUUACAAAAGAUAUGCAAAAUUUUGGAUAAGUCUACAGGGAUGAAAACCACAACUUUGUUUUCAUUUUGCAACUAGGUUGUGUUCAAUAUGUUUCAUAAACAAAUACCCUAGUGUAUUUUUGCCUUGUGUUUAUUUCAAUAAGUCACAAAUUAUUUGUGACGUUGUGCUUACUAAAUGUAAAUGUUCUAUUUUGAUUCGUGCAUUUCUGAUGGGUUUAUUUUAUGGUAUUUUACUGAGAUAGGAAGUCAAAGUGGACGGAUGCUGGAGAUUGCUCCAUGGCAGCGGCUACCUCAUUCCAUACAUCCAGCAAAAGCUAUAACUUGGAAGCAUUUUUUAGGUAAGAAAUUUGUUUCCCUUUAUGGAAAUGCACUUCUUACUAUGGUAAACUUGCUUUUCCUGACAUACAUACAGGUAAGUCCAUUUUACACGUUUAACUGUGUAAUGGUGGAGAACUAGACAUGCAUUUACUGUUCAUAACUUGGAAUGUGUAUUUUUGAUACCAUUACAAUUUUUACUUUUCUAUCAGGAUGAUUAAUAUCAAUUAAUAGACAUCUGAACAGUUCACAGAACUCAGUUCAUGGAGAUCAAAUUUUAUUUAAAAACACACACACAGACUUACAAGUGGUUUAGAAAGUGUAGCAAGUUAGACGCUGAAACAUUUAGAUAUUAACCUUUUUUUAAAGGGACCCAAAUUACAUUUAUAAUGUUUGCUUGAGGACCCAUUCUUAAAGACCACUCUAGGCACCCAGACCACUUCAGCUUAAUUAAGUGGUCUGGGUGCCAGGUCCUUCUAGGGUUAACCCAUUCUUUUAUAAACAUAGCAGUUUCAGAGAAACUGCUAUGUUUAUGAAUGGGUUAAGCCUUCCCCCAAAUCCUCUAGUGGCUGUCUCAUUGACAGCCGCUAGAGGCACUUGCGUGCUUCUCACUGUGAUUUUCACAGUGAGAGCACGCCAGCAUCCAUAGGAAAGCAUUUUAAAUGCUUUCCUAUGCGACCGGCUGAAUGCGCACGCAGCUUUUGCCGCGCGUGCGCAUUCAGCCAAAUGGGCGGAGAGGAGGAGGAUCGGAGGAGGAGAGCUCCCCGCCCAGCGCUGGAAAAAGGUAAGUUUUUACCCCUUUCCCCCUUCCAGAGCCGGGCGGGAGGGGGUCCCUGAGGGUGGGGGCACCCUCAGGGCACUAUAGUGGUCCUUUAACUGUAAAAUUGGCUAUAUGAUCCAUUCUGCAAUUUUAAUUUAACAUAUGCUAAAUAAAAAUUCUACAAAACACCUUCAUUAGAUUUUUUUUUUCCAGAGUACCAUUGCCAUUUGAAUGCAGUGAUGUAUGUGUGUAGUGUUGGCGUUUGCAUGGUGUGUUUAUGUGUAGUGUUGACACCGGAAUGCAAAGCUGUACCUGUCCGUAUUAUUGGAAAAUGCAGUUGUGUGUUUUGUAUGCGUUUGAAUGCAGCGCUUUGUUUACGUGUAGUGUUUGAAUGCAGGGUUGUAUUUGUGUGUAGUGUUGGUGUUUUAAUUUAGAGGUGUGUUUGUGUGUAUUGUUGGUGUUUGAAUGCAGGGGUGUAUUUGUAUGCACUGUUGUUUUUUUAAUUCUGGAAUGUAUGCACUGUCUCACACACAGAUACAUAUAUGGACACACACACACUGACACACUCAGAUACGCACAGAUAAAUAUACACAAAUACAGAUUGAUGCAAGGACUUACACAGAUAUGUACACACUCAGAUACACACUGACACACAUACAGAUACACAUAGAUACAUAUUGGCACAAACACAAAUACACAUACAAACAGACAGACACACAGGUAUGCAUUCACACAGAGACACACACAUAUAACUAACAAUUAACAAUUAGCCACCCUGCUGACUCCGUACCUUUUUGGUGCAGUAGGGUUGCUGUGGCUGGGGUCGAGUGGGAGCUGGCUGACCAAGGCUGAUGGGCAUCUGAGGAUCCAGACUUCACUCCGCCUCCUGUGUGUGCGCAUGACCUGACCACACUUUCUCCCAGCAGGACACGGAGAGAAACUUAACGCUGGUGGGGCCCCUGAUCUAAGAGCCACAUUUGUGGGCUCAACGGAUCAUAUGUUUGACAGCCCUGUUUUAAGCAGCAAAAUCACUAUAUCUUAAUGUAGCAGUUUUGGUACAAAGACACUGACCCUAAAGUUAUUGAGAAACACUAAUAUUUAUAUUUGUAACAGAACAUGCCUUUAGUGGCUGUCACUUAACACGUUGUCUCACAAAAACCUUUAAAAUGAAACAUCUUCUGUUCGGUGUCAUCGCACACAGCAUGAUGAUUUCAAAUUGUUUAUAAUUCUUCUCAUAAAGAAGUAUUGAGAUAAUGAUGCGAUUGCUGAUCAUGGAGUUUGACAUGCAUGUGCUGUAUAUCUCAGUAGUAGCAGUGAAUUGGACCACAGAUCAGCAGAAUAAUAAGCUCACGGUGGACUGAGUGGUUGUGCUAAGAGACUGGGACAGUCUAUUACACAGUUUAUCUAGUGUAUUAGGCUUCCAAAGGGGGAAACUAAGUGUUGAAAGGAAUAAUCUAACAUAAAUAAAUAUGUUAGCAAUAAGGGAGAUAAGUCUAUACUACCUAAACUACCUACAACCAAUAUUUUUAAAAGCAACACUAGCAUAAAAAACGAUAUUUUAAAGCAUGACAAAUUGCUCCAUGUUGCGUUGCGUUUGCAGACUGAGUCCCCAUGGUGACCAUGGUCAGAUUGCUAUUCAUUGAGAUUUUCUGCUAUUUGCUGGAGUUACCUUUGUUCAACUUAAUCGACAUGAGCUUGUGCCCAAUUUUCAUUUGUUACUUUAAACCGACAGGUACAACAUCUUAAUGUGCAUUGUCUUUUUUUGCAGAAUGAAACGAGGUAGACUGACUGUUACAAUUGAUAGCCAGGUUGUACAAAUGCAACAGAGAACAAAGAAACAAAAAAUGGAUAAACCAUCUUCUGUGAUGGGCCAAUUUCAGAUGCAAUAUGGCAUGCUAGACUGGGGAAACCUGCCCCAUCAUGUAGUUUUACAUAUUUUUCAGUAUCUUCCAUUAGUGGAUCGGGCCCGUGCAUCAUCAGUUUGUCGACGCUGGAAUGAAGUUUUUCAUAUUCCUGAACUAUGGAGGAAAUUUGAAUUUGAGCUGAAUCAGCCAGCAACUUCAUACUUAAAGUCUACUCACCCUGAUCUAAUCCAGCAGAUCAUUAAAAAACAUGCUAAUCAUCUUCAAUAUGUGAGCUUCAAGGUAAGAUUUCAAACAAAAUCUAUGAAUUAAGUACUAUCAUUUUAUGUUAUAUAAUAAUUUACUUAUUUUCUUCUUUUAAUGGCCAACACAUAAGACAACAUUUAGGCACAGAUAGUCAUUUUCCUUCAUGCAUUGGUAAAUUGCAUGCACUCAUGCAUAUUCAUGUCUAGAUUUGUAUUUAUUUUUUUGCAUUGCACUUCGGUAUGUACAGACAAUUUUCUGUUAAAAUAUUUUUUAUUGAUAAUUUUUCAAUAACAGGAAAAAUGUAAUACAGUAUUCGUAUCAAAUGAACGAUAUUGAUAAGACAAAACCGGGGAUUAACAAAGUAAGUUUACAUUCCAUAGUGUGUUAUUAGUUAAUAAUACAUAUAAAUAAAUAAACAGAAAUAAAUAUAACAAAUGUAAAUGUAUGCUAUUUUAGUUAUGGUGUUUGGUUUGUCAAAGUGUUCAGCUGAAUAUUAUAAUCCUAUCAUCUUUAAGGAGAAUUUCUUCCCUACAUUUUCUUGUUUAUUCAGGAAAGACAUUUUAAAGUCUUUCUGCACAAUACCCCAAAAUAAAACCAAAAACUGCCUUUCGGAAAACAAUAUAGACAAGCAUAAACAACAACAAAAAGUAAUUUCCACAUGUUAUCAGACAGUACUCUGAUCAUAGGUGCAUGCAUGUGGUGUGCAAGGCAUGCCUAGGCAAACCCUGAUGCACACCUUAAAGGACCACUCUAGGCACCCAGACCACUUCAGCUUAAUGAAGUGGUCUGGGUGCCAGGUCCUUCUAGGGUUAACCCAUUUUUUCAUAAUUAUAGCAGUUUCAGAGAAACUGCUAUAAUUAUGAAUGGGUUAAGCCUUCCCCUAAUCCUCUAGUGGCUGUCUCAUUGACAGCCACUAGAGGCGCUUGCGUGCUUCUCACUGUGAUUUUCACAGUGAGAGCACGCAAGCGUCCAUAGGAAAGCAUUGUAAAUGCUUUCCUAUGCGACGGGCUGAAUGCGCGCGCAGCUCUUGCCGCGCGUGCGCAUUCAGCCCGGGGAGGAGGAGGAGACGGAGGAGGAGAGCUCUCCGCCCAGCGCUGGAAAAAGGUAAGUUUUACCCCCUUUCCCCUUCCAGAGCCGGGCGGGAGGGGGUCCCUGAGGGUGGGGGCACCCUCAGGGCACUAUAGUGCCAGGAAAACGAGUAUGUUUUCCUGGCACUAUAGUGGUCCUUUAAUGUAGCUGGAGCACCAACUCUUACACCGACUGCAAAAGUAGCAAGCAAGGAAAUCAAAUGAUGUGCCUGACCAGCUUUUCAAGGGAGCUUGUGGUCCGCAUCUCAGGCAGGUGCGGAUCACUUUAAAUGCUCCCUCACUGUCCCGGACUAGAAGGAGAAUUUACAGUGAUCUUCACACCCUGGAAUUGCAGACUACAAGCUCCUCCCAUCAAACCCUCAGGGAACUUCAUCACAGGCCCCACUGGGCCACAAGGGACUGGACAUUGACCCACUAGGCCAUUAGAGAAUAGGGAAAUUUGCUCUCCUGCCUAAGGUAAGCAAGCAAGGGGGCACGGCUACCCACAAACACCCAAACGCAUCCCUCAUGGUACCCAUGCACAACAACAUACAUCACUCAUAGCUUCAACACACAACACAUGGACUGUCACCUCAAACAUACACAUUCAUCCAAUGGAGUUACAACAUACUCAACUACAACAUUUAUCCUUACCCUACAUCUAAACAACACACAUACUGUCACCACACAAUACACAUUGUCACCCACACACAAGCAGCUUUUUAAAGGAACACUAGCAGCACUGUAACCACCACAGCUUGCUGUAGUUGUUAUGGUACCCAUAGAAUGCUGGUGUCCUCCCAGAGUAAAUAGUCAAAACAGUUAAAGCAUCAAAACAACUACAGCUUAAAGGGACACUAUAGGCACCCAGAUUCUUUUUGAGAAACUGCAAACACCUUUUUUUACUUUUAUUCCAGAGACUGGCUCCAUCUCUUCCUCCUGCAUUAGAACUUCCCCAUAGGAAAGCAUUACAUCAUGCUUUGCUAUGGGGAUUUUGAAGAGCUGAAUGUCCUCCAAAUGUUCUCCAAAACUGCAAUGUUUUCACUUGCAAUGUUAAGAGGAUAGAGACACUGCACCCAGAUCACUUCAAUGAGAUGAAGUGGUCUUGGUGCCUAUAGUGUCCUUAAUCCUGCAUGCUCUAGUAGACUAUUAACAGAGGAGGAAAUACAACAUUUUAAUUAAACAGACUGUGCAAUAAAGGUUUGAACAUUAGAUCUCUCCUUACAAAAAAAUGUAGGGAGACGGUGUAAGUCACAAGUAGGGGAGGUGCAUAAACAAAGUGAUUUAACUCCUAAAUGGAUGAGAAAUAGCAUCUCAUUGUGUAAGAGAUACCUGAUUGCUGUUAGGUUACCUACUGCUUGUCAAAAUAUAUAUUCCCAUGCUGUCAUUAUGUGCCGCCCACUUGGGCAUAUAUGCAGAGUGUUAAAUGUAAAAUGGCAUAUUAACACUGUAAAUUUUUAUUUUUUUUACUUCUUUUUUAGGUUGAUAGUUGCACAGAAUCUGCAGAGGCAGCAUGUGAUAUACUUUCACAGCUUGUGAACUGCUCUAUCAAAACUCUUGGGCUGAUAUCAACAGCAAAACCAAGUUUUAUGAAUGUAUCGAAGGUAAAAUGAAUAUUGCAUAAUUUUUCACAAAAGGACAAUUUGCACUGAUAACAUUAUUUAGAUAGAUUAAGUAUGAAAUUAACAAAGUUUUAUUGUGAAGAGAAAUAUUUUGUCACAUGUAGAUAAUGAAAAAUCUUAAAAACCUUUUAAGUGUAUUAUUAUUUAAUCAAUUUCACAGUUGCAAAAUAUUUUCUAUCCAGCUAAUUUUUUGUUUCAUGUAAAACAGACAGUUUAACUUAAAAAUAAACACAUUUACACCAAAUUUCUACUUCUUUAAUUUUCUAAGACUAUGAUUAUUCUAUAACAUUGGUAACGUUUAGUUUUUUAAAGCUUUCAGUGAUUUAAAGUGGUCCAUGGUGAUAGGAGUAUUCAUGUGCAAUGUUUCUGCUUGCAACACAACACAUACCAAGUCAUUGUGUGCUGGGGGCUGGUUGCAGAACGCCUACAAGGGGAAGAUUUUUUUCCCCCCCAACUUUCCACUGUGUUCUCCCUUCUGCCUCCCUCUGUUGCAUACAGUUAUUUAUUUAUUUUCUUUUAAAAAUCCUCCUUUUGGGGGGUGGUGAAGCUUGCUGAUGAGGGAGAGCGGACGCCAUUUCUUGAAGCUUCAGCAACCUAACCGAUUAUCCCUGAAUUUCCUUAACCUUCUGCGCUGCACAGCCGCAAGACACGUCGCAUGUGUCUUGUGGUCACAUCCUGAAUAAGAUCCAUGCCAUUCUUCCAUACUCUGAAGGGCUCCCGAUCGAAGCACAGGCCUUCAGCCUACUACUCACCUCCAGUGUCCAGGCUCGACGUACACCCUGCCUGAACCGGUGACGGAGGAGCCUGUGAUGGGGCAACAAACUCAGAAACAACCAGCCAGCGUCUUGGCUGACUCCAGAGACAUUGGCACAAUGCUCCAACGCAGGUCACAACCUAAAAUGGCACCAGAGGUAGACCAUGAGACCCCUAACACAGCCUGCCCCACGGAGAAGAACGUUUCUAUGUUGCAGCCUGCUACUGUCAAUAACUCAUCCACGGCAACCUAGGAGCUGGCUGAACUGGCAACGAAACAAGAUAUACAGAACUUCCUGCAAGACAUUAAACAACUGCUGGCUGCAGUCUUAGCGGUGGUCAAAACAGAAGUCCAGGCUGUAACAGACAGUGUUUGUGCAUGGGAAGAAGACAUUACAGACCUCCACAGGGGCCUCUCUGUCAUGCAAAACAAAAUCGCUCAAGUUCAAGCCUCCCAUCAGCUACUGAAUGUACAAAUGAUCUCCAUGGAAGAGAAAUACAGGAGGAACGAUAUAUAAAAUAUGAGGCAUACCUGACACAGUCCCUCCGGAGGAGCUACCGCACUACUUGCAGCGUCUUAUUUCCAUAGUAUUGCCCCCAAACCUGGCAAAGAAAUUACUGCCUCCCAAAGUCAAAGAGGGUGCCAGCGGAGAUGACAAGAGACACCAUAGUCCGAUGCACCUUGAUUCAGUAGAAAGGACAUUUCAUGAAUGCCAUCAGGGGUAAGACACCAUACCCUUUUGAGAACUCAAACCUCACAUUUUUCCAAGACCUCACCAGAGACAUGCUCCACUGGUGCAGAUCACUAGCCAUGGUGACCUUCGCACUGCGGGAGGCUGGAGUUGCCUAUCAUUAGGGCCCCUCCAGGUCCUUACUGGUGACUAGUGAUGUCCCGAACGGUUCGCCGUCCGUGGCGAACCAUUCGGUGAACCGUUCGGGACAUCACUACUGGUGACCCAACAGGGAACUGUUCGUAGACUUUCGUCUACUACAGAAGCUUCCUUAUUCUUUAGAGCAGUGGGCCUUCCCCAACUGGCAACAGGGCGAGCCUCAACCACAUUCUUUACACAUCUGGGAUCCUACAACUGUUACACCAUUUGUCCCACGAAGAACUGAGGUGGCUGUCUUAGGAACCUGAGCAACACAUGGAGAGAGCGCACAUGGGAUUGAAACAGCUGGAUACCUACCUAUAAUAUAUGAUGUCAUUCCAGUUCCUUUAUAUUAUUUAUUUAUUUUUUCUCUCUUUUGUUCUUCUCCUGAAGUUAUCUCUAUCUUUUGUGAUUACCAGCUGUGAAAGUUGAUUACUGAGGAGUCUUAAUACAUAAGACAAGUUUGUUUUCCACUAGGAUGAGCAGUUUAACCCCGCUAUGCCAGCCAUAUUUGGCGAGACUACCCCUCUCCCCCACUCCCACUGCCCCCUUGCUUAGGGGUAACGUACAUGCUGAGCCUCAAAAUAUUGCUCCAGUAGCACUAGAACAGGGACCUCGCACAUAACAGCGAGUAUUCAUUGAAUCUAGUCCCACUCCCUAUAUUGCCGAGCUCAGCUAGCCAAACUAUGUCUAAUCCUGCCACUUCUUCACCUGUUAUCUGCAGAUACAGCUUUUGUAUCACACAGCUAUGUUACAAUGCUGCAGCCCACUCGUAUUAAAGGUUAAUAAGCAAGUAGGGGUUUAGAAAAAUACCCCUCUCUGUCUCAUUAGAGAUAUCUUUGCCAGAAGCUCAAGGAAGCAAGGUGAAUAGUCCGUGUAAGGACCCACCUAAGAGGUUUGCCUUGGCGUGGCAGGUGGGCAUCCCUCUAAUGGCCAUUGGAUUAACUAAAUAACCUUCAUUUUGUGUAAAUAUGGGAUUUGGGAAGAGCGCAGGUAACCUUUUUCUUUUUUUUUACUGUAUGUAUUGGGGCUGAUGUGUACUAUGGUCAUUGCUGCCACCCAAGAGUAGUGGGGGUUUGACGCAGGACUUGUUUUUGUAUGUAUGGAUGGGAAAAUAUUUGCUCCACAGCUACUACUAUAAACUGAAGUGGUUAUAGUGCUUGGAGUAUCCAUUUCAGAAAAGUCUACAUAUACUAGACCAGGGGUAGGAAACAUCCUGCACUCCAGAUGUUGACAACUACAUCUCCAUAAUGCUAUUACUAUUAUUUAUAUAGCACCAGCAAAUUCCGUAGCGCUGUAAUGCUGGAAAUGCAUCAGGGGAGAUGAAGUCCACAACAUCAGGAGCGCCAAAGUUUCCUACCCCAUCCUAGACAAUUUGCUAUAAUAUUUGUAAAUUAAGCUUUGUUCUUGCUACAAGUUUUCUUCUGGUUGAUGUCAACAUUAUCCCCCACCCCCCUCGUGUUACUAAUACAAACUGUAUAUGUUUUUGAAGUCUGAUUUAAAAAAAGGUUUGCUUGUCUAUUAUGUUUAGAAGAAUAAUACAUUAGCUAGUUACUUGUAAAAUCAAAUUUAUAUUUUGGUGACCUAUAAUAUUUGCAAAAUAACUUUUACUUGUUCUCUCUCUCUCUUGCAGUCUCAUUUUGUAUCUGCCCUGACAGUUGUUUUCAUAAACUCUAAAUCACUGUCAUCAAUAAAAAUUGAUGAUACUCCUGUGGAUGAUCCAUCUUUGAAAGUUUUAGUGGCUAAUAACAGUGACACCUUGAAGUUGUUGAAAAUGAGUAGCUGCCCUCAUGUUUCUCCUGCUGGUAUGUAUGGCGUUUUUUAAGAAUUAACACUGGGAAGUCGAUUAGUUUGACAGCGCAUACAACUUAAUAAUUAAAGAUGCAUUAAAGGAUUACUCCAAGAAAUUUUUUUUUUUUUUUUCACAAAACACUGUUUUGGAACAGAGUAACCUUUCUUGGCACGGACCUAUCCCUGUUAAAAGAAAACAAAGAAAGCUAAAACUUACCUGUGGUUCAGCACCGAGGUCAAGAUCCUCCAUCCUCCAUUGAUGUUACUCCCCCUCACUGUAGGAUGAGAGAUGUCAGGGAAGACAGGCUUAUGGCAGGACUUGGAUGGCACGGAGGGGAUUUGGGGCACACAGCCAUUGUUGUCUAAUGACAGUAUGCUGACACCAAAUAUGUAUACAUCUUUUAUUAGCCAGAUCGGAAUGAGAGUUCCAGAAAUUACUACUCUGGCAGCAAUGUGCUAAAUGCACAUACAGAUUCCAAACACCAUGACCACUUCAAAUUAAGUGGCCAUGGUGAUUAGAAUAUCCCUUUAACUAAUUAAUAUAGAAAAGUACAGGUCUAUAUUUAAGCCUAUAAAUCCAAGAUAUAUAAACAUUUCUCCUCUUUCUACUCAUUUCUUGUUCAUUCUUAUUCUGCUUAUAAAAUGUUUCUGCAAUAUCUUUUCUGAUACAUAGUAUUUUUAUUUCUACCUCCUCGUGCUCACCUAUAUACCCAAUGUAUUAAUUCCUCCAUAACCACAUAUAUAAUUAUUUUCUAUACAUAUUAUCCUGCUAAUUCAGGAUUUCAUAUACUGUCAAUUUCACUAUUUUCCUUUAUUUUAUUUCCAUUGACAUACCCCCAGCAAGUCAUUAGGUGUGACUUGGGGACUACAAUCCACAAAGUGAGGCUCUAUAACUCUGAACUUCUUAGCAGGGGGAAUGGAUGUGGAAGUCCUAAAUCUCUUUUAAUAUAGUUUCCAUGCUGCUUUGCAGAUUUCCUUGUUGAAUCUAGCCUAGGAGGAUAAGCAAUUCAGUAGUACAUUUUACAUAGAGACACGGACUCACCUAUCACAUCACCUACUGUACACUCAAAACCCCAUUUAGAAUAUCUGGGAUUCCUUAAAAACAGCAACGCAGGAACUCCGCAGUGACCCACAUACUGCUGUUACUGUGUGCAAUGCUCUAUAAGACCCGUGGAAGAAUAUAUUAAAAUUUUGAUCAUCAUGCCAUAAAAACUAACUGCAUUGAAUAGGCCUAAUUACGCCAGGCUUAAUUAAGAUUUGGCCAGAGCAGGAGUACCAGAGACAUAGAAGAGCUAGCUAAUCUCCAAUCAGAAAAAUAUAAAUAUCAGGCAGGGGGUUUCUAGGUGGAAAAAGGGCUUCAGCCUAAGGGUACAUUCUAUGGCCACUGAGAUAUAUAGUGACUUAAGCCUCUUCUAAAACCAACCUUGUACUACACCCUAAGUCCAACUCUGAACACUAAUGUGUUUAUAAAUUACAUGGUGACAAAAUCCAGAGUAAUAAAUGAACCUAGAUUUCUGAACUCCACACCUGCUGUAUUAACUCAUCCACUGCAAUAUUUCUACACUGUGCUGCAUAUUUAACUUCAAAUUAUAUAAUUGGAGGUUUUAGUCCUCUGCGUAUUUCGGUACACUCAGCGCUAACAAUGAAAAGGUGCCAAAAUUAGAUCAGGACCUCACUGGGGGCUUCAGCCCCUGUCGGCCCAGCCUGGCAACAUUCCUGCUAUCAGUUAGAACUUGUGAAAGGGCACUUUAUGCUUAAGGAACUUUAUUAAGAAAACCCAAACACAAUGCACAGUACUGCCCUGAAAAAGCACCAAGGAAGAGAGAUAAUAUAUCUACCGGUUAAUCAAAAAAUCCCAUUUUCCCUCCUUGUCUCAUAACACACCACUUAACCAUACCCAUUAUUUUGCAGUGGGAUGAAUAGAAAAUCAAGCUACAAGCUUUGUUGAACUCUGGGGCUGGUGGUUCCAUUUGUAAUUGUCUGUUAUUUUGGAUUUUCCUUCACACAAUACACCUAAUGCAUUAAGCAUUCAAAUAGCUAAUGGUUCUUUUUUUUUUUUUUUUUUGUGAAUCUUCCUUAUUGGGUUACAACAGGAGUGGCAAACAUCAAACAUAUUUAUUUUAACUUGACAUCACCUCUGUUCUCUAUCAUAUUGCGGUUAUAACAUGAGCUGACUUUCCAGUGGACCACCAUUACUGUGGCAUUCUCCUUUGCCGCAAUCAAUGUCUACAACCACUGGCAACUCGGCUCAUUGAAAACAAUACAUCUCAAGGAUGUUAGAAUCCACCUUCCGUCUGCAUAUGAAUUCUAGCCUGAAGUCAUAAAGAUGGAAUAGAAAAGGUACUUAAGCCCUUGGUUACUGUUGAUUCUCCUUCAUGAUUUCCACCAUGCUCAUCCAGAUUACCUUGGGGUUCUGUCACAGCACACUCGAAUGGUACUUACCAGGCUCACAGGAGUAGAGGCUGCUUUUCUCUGUCUCCACACCUUGUCCUAUUGACUGUCACAAUUGGCAAGAUUCAAGAGCGCUGAGCAGCAGGGAUCAGAUUACAGCACAAUUUUUGCCCCUAAUUCCCGGUUUUGUAUGAAACAGGAGUGUCUUGCAAGCGGGAGAAGGGGUAGACACAUUCUUAGAAAAUGACUGUAAUUGCUCCAAAUCCUGACACCAUUUCAAGAAAAUUAAAGAAACAGUCUGGGCACGAUAACAACUUCAUCAAAAUUAAGUUGUUUUGGUGCCAAGAGUGUUACUUUAAGCAAUCACUAGCUUCUAACUAGUUGGUGGUAACUGAGGAGUGGUUUGUAAACCACUAUUCUGAAAUAACAUAUGUGCAAUUACAGACUGCUAUAUUGUGAUCUUUCAUUUGUUAUUUCAACUGAAUUUUACCAGUGUAUAUAUUAAAACAUAAAAUAUUUGUUUUAUCAUAUAGAUUAAAAGAAGCUAAAAUAACCUAGUAUGAUUUAUUAUGAAUCUCUUUCUUUGCCUUUCACUACACUCUUAUUUGUGCUAAAACAUAUGGACAUGUCUCUGAAUAAUCAAUUAAACUAUUACAUGUGAAUUAUAUUGGGCUACUAAUUAUUAGUUUAUUUUUUUUCUCAUAGGAAUUUUAUGUGUUGCUGAUCAGUGUCAUGGUCUUAGGGAGCUGGCUCUGAAUUACCAUCUGCUGAGUGAUGAGCUAUUACUGGCUCUUUCAACCGAGAAACAUGUUCGCCUUGAACACUUGCGUAUUGAUGUUGUCAGCGAAAAUCCAGGUCAAACACAGUUUCAUACUAUUAAGAAGCAAAGCUGGGAUGCGCUCAUCAAGCAUUCGCCUAAAGUAAACAUUGUAAUGUACUUCUUUUUGUAUGAAGAGGAAUUUGACGCAUUUUUCAGAGAGGAAACACCUGUCACACACCUUUAUUUUGGUCGUGCAGUUAGUAAAGCAAUGCUAGGUCGCAUUGGCAUGAACUGUCCUCGUUUAGUUGAACUAGUAGUGUGUGCAAAUGGGCUUCAACCUUUGGACGAUGAGUUAAUACGAAUUGCUGACCGUUGCAAGAACUUGACCGCCAUUGGACUGGGAGAGUGUGAAGUUACCUGCAGUGCAUUUGUUGAAUUUGUAAAAAUGUGUGGAAGAAGACUGACUCAGUUAUCCAUAAUGGAGGAAGUGCUUAUUCCAGAUAACAAGUACAACUUGGAGCAAAUUCAUUACGAAGUGUCAAAACAUCUGGGAAGAGUGUGGUUUCCUGACAUGAUGCCUACAUGGUAGAUUUGUAAGAUUAGCUUCAGCUCUUGUGUAUAGUUGACUUUGAGCUCAAUUUGUUAUGCAAAACAAAUCAGCAGUUAAGAGACAAAUACGGUCCAUGUAAUGGUCAAGAGUUUUCAAAAACAUUAUUGUAAUAUGCAUCAACAACUCUUACCGUGAAACCAAGUUGAUAUUUGUAUAUUUUACAAUGCUGUAAAUACAGGGCCAUUACUUUGUACUAACAUUGCACUAUAUAUGGUCAUGCUUCCUAAGUGAAUGUAUCAGAGGUGUAUAGAUGAAUUACACUAGAUGAAAUUGGAAGAAAAACUGCAAUUGACAUAGAUAGCACAGCUGCGGUAUCUACACUUGCAAAAUGCAAAAGUAAACCAAUAGAAUUUAAUCAGUUCUCGAUUUUUAUUUGUUCUCCUUUCAUGUAUUGUUUGUCUUGUGUUACUCCUAAACACUUUAACUUUAAUAUAAAGCAACCACAAUGUAAUCCAUGAAUUUUCAUCUCCUGUUAUGAACACUUCUAUUUUGUAAAAAGAUUAUUUCAACCAUAUCCUAAUGCAAAGAGGACAAUUAUCAU